AAUAAAGAAACUGUUUGAUAUUGUGAAACUGUGCUGUGCCGAAGAAAUACUAAAACCGACAGGAUAUAAAGUUAUAAAAGAUGGGGAAAACAUAUUGCCAGUCAUGUAAAAAGAAAUGUUCGGGAGAGGUUCUUAGAGUUCAAGAUAAGUAUUUUCAUAUGCAUUGUUUCAAAUGUAAGGUGUGUGGCAGUUCCCUAGCAAAGGGAGGAUUCUUCUCCAAGGACGGCGAAUACUACUGUACAACUGACUACCAGAAGAAUUUUGGAUCGAAAUGUGCUGUGUGCAAUCAAUAUGUGGAAGGAGAGGUAGUAACCGCUUUAGGGAAAACUUACCAUCAAAAAUGCUUUACUUGCGAUAGAUGUAAGCAAAGCUUCCCGUCGGGAGAAAAAGUUACGUACACCGGCAAAGAGGUGCUUUGUCCAAAAUGUGUUCAAAUACCUACCCAAAACGCCACUCCAAAAAGUAGUCCAACUACCAAUAGUGCCAACGAGUGUGCUGGCUGUAAGGAAGAAUUGAAAGAGGGCCAAGCUUUGGUGGCUUUAGAUCAGCAAUGGCAUAUUUGGUGUUUCAAAUGUACCACUUGUGGUACCGUACUACAUGGAGAGUAUAUGGGUAGAAAUGGAGUUCCAUAUUGCGAAAAGGAUUACCAGAAACAAUUUGGUGUGAAAUGUGCUUACUGCAAUAGAUUCAUUAGUGGGAAAGUUUUGCAGGCUGGAGAUAAUCAUCACUUCCAUCCAACUUGCGCCCGUUGUACGAAAUGUGGAGAUCCAUUCGGGGACGGGGAAGAGAUGUAUCUUCAAGGUGGUGCAAUUUGGCAUCCUCGUUGCGGACCUGGUCCAACUGAAAACGGAGAAAUUCUUAACGGUACUGGCGAAGCCAAUGGCAACUGCACCGACACCGAUAUGUCAAUUAAAGAUUAUGACAGGCACAGUACGUCAGGCGCUAGCGAGUUGCAGUUUUCCAUGAGAUCACGUACUCCUAGCUUGAAUGGUUCAUUGUAUAGUCCCACAAGCAUGUCUAGAAAGAUGUUUGGUUACCGUUCUCCAUCACCAGGAUUGAUAUUAAGGGAUCAUAAUAAAUCUGCCCAUUUAGUGGAUGAUAUAUCAAGAAUAUACACGUAUAGUUAUCUUACGGAGGAACCUACUCAAGGUUAUCUAAGGAAACCAAUCGAUCCGUACGACAGGGCUCCCACAUCACCGCAUUUUCACAGACCGACUUCUCAAAAUUCUCUAAGAAGUAGUUCGGGAUCGGGAAGAAGGAGCACUUCGCGGACAGCUAUGAAAGUUCUGGUUGACUCGAUGCAUACGGAUGUACCCAGACCCAAAUCGCCCCAUAUGAAUAACGAAGAACCCAUAGAAUUGGCCCAUUUCCCCGGAGCUAAACCACCUCCGCCAGGGGAACCUCCAAAAAUAGAACGUGACGAUUUCCCAGCUCCUCCGUAUCCAUAUACAGAUCCCGAGCGCAGGAAACGCUGGUCGGAUUCAUACAAAGGUGUCCCGUCUGACGAAGAUGAGGUAGAUGAUGCUACUGCGAGAGAAAUUCAUGAUCAAAAAUUGAAGAAAGAAGAAAAUGAAUUAAGUAAAAUAGCGAGUGGAAUAGGAAAAGUAUUUUUAAAAGAAGUUCAAGAACGGGAAAAAUAUAAACAGUGGAAAGCAGCUAACCUUGACCCUAGGAACGCUUCCAGAACUCCAUCUGCAAAUAAAGAGCCUAACUAUAGAUUUAGAUACGAUAACCCAAUUGGUGCAAGCCCUUCUAGGAACUUAGACCAUCAGAGACCCUUCGAAGAUGACGAUUUUGACAGGUCUUUGAGCUGUCGUUCAUCUAUGGGCCGAUCUAUAGGUGCUAUACCAAAUUACAAUGUAGUAUCAGCGUUACGAACGGUACCUAAACCUGGUUACGGGCUCAAAUCGUCCACUCUAUCCAGUAGAAAUGAAUUUGGUGAUUAUUCAUUUAGUGGAAUGGGUACUAAAACUUAUAGUACUGACUUCAGUUGCGGAAAAUCUGAUAUUUCAACGGGGUCCAUAACCGAUGUCGAACGACGUGCUAUGAAUUGCGAAAUGCCAUUAUCGACAACGUACACUGGUGGUUUAGGCCGAUAUCCUACUGGUGGUUAUGCUUCUCAACAGGUGCGACGCUCUUUACCAAAUAUGGCUCAUUCAAUACUGAUAAAUGAACCAGCAAAAAUUUAUCCUUUCCAUUUACUUGUAGUUACUAACUUCAGAUUGCCUUCCGACGUUGAUAGAUUAAACUUAGAGAGACAUCUGUCAGAUCAAGAAUUUGAGGCGUUAUUACAAAUGGCAAGAUCAGAUUUUUACCGGUUACCACAAUGGAAAAGGAACGAAAUGAAGCGGCGCAUCCGCCUCUUUUAAUAGAAAUCAAGAAAUUAAAUACAUGUUUAGAAAUAAUACGGUGCUGUAAAGAAAGUAUGAAUGAUUUUCAAUGCAAAAUGCACAUGCAUCUAAUUUUACUUAAAGAAAAACUCAACUUACAAAAAAAAUUAGCAUAUUUGAUACUUUACAAAGCUAGUAACUGAUGACUUUCAGCUAUUUGUUAGUUAAAUCUAUGAAUUGCACAAGUUUUCCGUUAUCUACUAUUUUUAAUGACAAUUAACCAUAAAUUCGAUUGGAAAUAUGUUUAUUUGAAUAGUUCAGGACUCGUUCUCUUUAAAAUAUAUUUUAAGUAAACAUAUUUGAAAUUGAACUUUUAGUUAAUUCUAAAAAGACUAGAUAAUGUAAAAAUGCCACAAUAAAAUAGUUAAAAAAAUGGUUUCUUCCCAAAAACAUACAUUAAAUUUGUUGUACACAGAAUUAAUAAAAAUGCGAGACAGUAAUUAAAUAGUUUUACAUUUAACAACAUAUAUAG